UUUUUUAAGCCAAGAUUGUGCUUCUACUGUUUAUAUUUCUAACAUUGGACUGGAAUAAUGGAGAAGUUCAUAGGAAUGCACCAGCUAAAAGGGAUACUUACAAAUUUUCCAAGGAACAUAAAAUUUUGCUUUGCAUACGGAUCUGCUACGUUUAAGCAGUUAAACAAUCAGUCCAACAAUAUGUUGGAUCUUAUUUUUGUUGCUCGCAAUGUAAAUCAAUGGCAUGCAGAAAAUUUAGAACUUAAUCCGAAGCAUUAUGCUCAGCCCUUAAAGCUUCUUGGACACCGGGCAAUUGCUAAGGUGCAAGAAAAUUGGGGUGCUAAGAUAUAUUAUAAUACAUUGGUUAAAAUAGCAGGAGGAUAUACAAUCAAAUAUGGAGUAAUCUCAGAAGUUUCACUGAUAGAAGACUUAUUAGACUGGAAUGAUUUGUAUUUAGCAGGAAGAUUACACAAACCGGUGAAAAUAUUAGUGGAACCAAGCGGACAGUCCCAGCUCCCCACAGCUUUAGUACAAAAUUUACAUUCGGCCGUGCAUGCAGCACUUUUACUGCUACCGCAGCACUUUACGGAAAUUGAUUUUUAUAAAACGAUAGCCGGCUUAUCUUACAAUGGUGAUUUUCGAAUGACCUUCGGUGAAAAUAAAGAUAAAGUUACCAAUAUUGUUUUGCCUCAACUACUGCAAUUUAGACAAUUGUAUAGUCCGAUUUUACAGCAUUUCGAAAAUUACGUGGAUAUCCCAAAGUUAGAUCAGAUGGCUAUCACCUGCCAUCAAGACACAAAUCCAGCCACAAAAAUACAUCACUUGAAUCAGUUACCUAGAACACCGCAGAUUAAACUUGUUAGAGCCUGGUCAGAAGGUCCACGAUCCAAGGAUACAGAGGAUUGCUUGCGUGCAAUUGCGCAUGAUCCUGAAUGCUGUGAAAUACUAGAGGAAUGUUUGAAAGAGAUAGUGUGGAGAUCCAGUGUAACGCAAAGUCUGAAGGGGAUUGUUACUGCUGGAUUUGUGAAAUCUGUUAAGUAUAGUGGAACUAAAAUAAUGAAAAUGUUACAAGCAAGUCCACAGAAUGAGUUGCUUUCGAAAUCAGGGCCGAAUCAGAACAAAAUUGACAAAAUAGUAGAAACUGUGAAGGAUCAGACAGAACGAAAGGAAACUCACAAGCGCAUAGAGUAGUAAUUACAUCCCUUUUAGUUCUACUUUAAUUCUGUCAUAUGUAUAAUGUUCGCACAGCUGUGUUUUCGAAUAAACUUAUCUAGUCAAAUUCUGACUACCUUUUUUUUAGAUAUUGUUCAAUGCCUUAGUGCUUUAAAAAUACUGUUACAGAACCGUCUGCAAUAUUUUUGUUUGUCGCUUAUUCUGCCUACUGUAAAGAUUAGCAGUUAAAAGCGAAAUACCGCUGCAUACAUUAAUUUUACGAAGUAUCACUAUGUAUAUACUGCGAUUUAUCUCUGUCGAAAAUGAAAUUUGUGG